AUUGCUUACAAAGAUAAGAUAUUAAUCUUGACACCAAUUCACAAUGUCGCAGGCAUAUUAGUUCGCUUUUCCAAUCUUUUAAAAGGAAUUACGUAUCCUCACGAAUUGAUCUCAAUAGCUUUUGGAGAAGACUGCAGUACAGAUGCAACAUUAAGUGUAGCUAAGUCUAGUGCAAUUGAUCUGCAGAAAUCCUUUCCUAGUGUCAAAGUCUUUCAUUUUAAUUUAACAGGUCAAAUUAAAGGACCAUGGAAUCGAAUCCAUAAUCAAUAUUUACAAUUACCAAGAAGAAAACACCUAGCUCAGGUGCGCAAUAUGUUGUUGAAAUCUAGUUUGGAAAAAGAGCAUAAGUGGGUCUUAUGGAUAGAUAGUGAUAUAAGUUUUCUACCUCCUAAUAUUAUUGAACUACUUCUGUCAUCAAAACGUGAUAUAGUAGUUCCGUUAUGUGUUUAUCAAGAUGGUAGCAAGAAAAGAGUCUUUGAUAAGAAUACCUGGCGUGAAACCAAUUAUUCCUUAAUGAAGCAAAAGGACAUGAAAAAAGAUGAGUUAAUGCUGGAAGGUUAUGGCACUAUUUUACGCCUUUAUCUUUCUGAUCUACGAGCCGAGGGGCGUGUUGUACCAAUAGAUGGAGUUGGUGGUUGCACUUUAUUGAUCAAUGCAGAUUUACAUCGCAAAGGUCUUGAAUUUCCUGAGACCAUACUUGAUCAUCAUAUAGAGACUGAAGGUUUGGCAAAAUUAGCUAAGAGAAUGGGAUGGGGUGUAUAUGGUAUGCCAUAUGUAGAAGUGUUUCAU